CGCCUUUUCGCCGCUGUUGCAGAAGGAAAUCAAAAUCCCCUGGUGCAAUCCCCAUUCCCUCCACCCCCUCCCAAAAUAUAAAUACGAAAACACUCCUCUUCCCCUUUUGCCUUCGCUACUUUGCCUUCUCUUCCUCUGCUCUCUGUCACAAACACAUACACACUCUCUCUGAAGGAGGAGUUUUUCUUUGAGAUUUUGCCAUUUAUUCAAAGGUCCUUUUGCUUUCGCCCUUCUUCCUCGAUAACCCCAUCUUCUCUUUAUUGCUUUUUCCCACACAAUCUCACGGCUGUGAUCUUCUCGUCCUUCCCUUCGUACGCCUACUAGGUCUCCCUCUUGUCAGCUCCUCUACUACGCAAGUUUAUUUAUUAAACGGUGGGUCUUAUGGAGCCUAAUGGACAUAGAAGGGUGAGAAGAAGGGAUCCUCUCUCUCAGGAAAAUGGUAAUCAUGGUUUAUCAUCUGCUGUUGAUGAACUGGAUCCAUGGACUGCAUGGGCAUACAAGCCUCGUACCAUUUCAUUGUUGCUUAUUGGAGCUUGCUUUCUGAUUUGGGCAAGUGGCGCUCUUGAUCCUGAAAGCAGUGAAUCUGGUGACCUUGUUACAUCUGUAAAAAGGGGUGUAUGGGCAAUGAUUGCUGUUUUCCUUGCUUACUGCUUGCUACAGGCCCCUUCUACGAUCCUUAUUCGACCACAUCCUGCAAUUUGGCGCUUAGUUCAUGGAAUGGCUGUUAUUUACCUUGUUGCUCUUACAUUUUUGCUUUUCCAGAAGCGUGAUGAUGCCCGUCAAUUCAUGAAGUUUCUUCAUCCGGACCUUGGUAUUGAACUUCCAGAAAGGUCAUAUGGUGCUGAUUGUCGAAUAUAUACUCCUGAAAUCCCUACAAGCAGGUUUAAGAAUGUUUAUGAAACACUUUUUGAUGAAUUUGUCCUAGCCCAUAUUUUUGGUUGGUGGGGCAAGGCUAUUUUAAUUCGCAAUCAGCCACUUCUCUGGGUGCUUUCAAUUGGAUUUGAGUUGAUGGAGUUUACCUUUCGACACAUGCUACCAAACUUCAAUGAGUGUUGGUGGGAUAGCAUCAUUCUUGACAUUUUGAUAUGUAAUUGGUUUGGCAUUUGGGCUGGAAUGCACACUGUAAGGUACUUUGAUGGAAAAACAUACGAGUGGGUUGGUAUAAGCCGGCAGCCUAAUAUCUUUGGAAAAGUUAAAAGAACAUUAGGACAAUUUACACCAGCACAGUGGGACAAAGAUGAGUGGCAUCCACUACUUGAUCCAUGGCGUUUCAUUCAAGUUCUAAGCCUUUGCAUAGGCUUUUUGACAGUGGAACUGAACACAUUCUUUCUGAAGUUUUGUCUUUGGGUUCCUCCUCGAAACCCUGUGAUUAUAUAUAGGUUGAUCUUGUGGUGGUUAAUAGCAAUACCCACCAUACGUGAAUAUAAUUCAUACCUUCAAGAUCGGAAACCAGUGAAGAAGGUUGGAGCGUUUUGCUGGCUUUCUGUUGCAAUCUGCAUUGUUGAACUUCUCAUUUGUAUCAAAUUUGGACAUGGCUUAUAUCCUAAUCCAAUGCCAAACUGGCUGGCCAUCUUCUGGUCGUCUGUUGGCAUUGGACUUGUUGCAUUCAUUCUGGUUUGGUCAUGGAAACUGCACCAGACUAUGGGGAGAAAGAUGCGAUAAUUUUUCCAGGAGGUAGACCAUUCUUUUAUUCGUUAUUGUUAUUCUAGCUUCUCCACCAAAAUGAUUGUACAUGCCUACCACUUCUAUAAAUUGUAAAUGCAUUUUCCCUUAUAGGUUUUAGUGGAUCACAGUUUUAAACUGACUAUAUUUAUUCUUUAUUGCUGGGAUGCUCCAAAAGUGCUUCUUAAUUCAAGUUCACAAGAUUUCAGUUUGCCAUUAUUUACUUAAAUUGCAAGUUUUUCACUUAAUUUUCUCAUCUUGUAUCAUAUUUCACAUUCUGAAUUUAUCAUGCCAUGCUUUACCUUUUAAAAUUUGUUCAAAUGCUUGCUUUUGGAACUUUAGGAGGUUGGAUUGGUUGUUAAGUGGGGAUCAUUUCUUGAGAGAAAAGUUUAUUUUUGUGGUAGUUGAAAAUAGAUUAAAUUAGUGUUUUUGUUUUUAAGAAAACGAUUAAACCAAACAGUACCAAAGCCCAUAUUGUUUUUUAGAAUUUAAAAUUAAGUUUGUACACUAUAUUUUACAUAGGAAUGGCAAUUUCUCCCCAAUACUUGUGGACAUUGUAGAGAUUCUUGCCAUGAAAGUGAGGUUUAGAUUAGAAGUAUUUUUUUCUCAUGAAAUUUUCGUAAGAAAAUUUUUUUUAUCCU